GAUCUCCGGACAAACGGUACAUUUUUAUUUAACAUAUUGGGAUUAGUACAAUGAUGAAAUAAGGGGUCCAGGUACGUAAUUACUUGUGAAUAGAUAUUAUUGGUUUGAAGUCUGGAUGAAGUCUGGAUGAAGUCUGGAUGAACUCUGGUUGAGAUUGCGCUUCGAAAAGAUAACUCUCAUCAACCACACUUUUUUCUCAUAUUUAUUCGAAGAAGAAAAGGUAUUGUGGGGGAACAAGUUGGAUAUGUUAUUUUCCGCAGAUUGAUAUAUAAAGGGAGCUAUAAAUAGUGGAACAAAAACGAAAAAUGCAAAGUCUGGUUGAACUCUGGUUGAACUAUGGUUGAUCUUCAGUUGAUCUUCAGUUGUACCAAAUGAUAUUACGUAUCAAUGCUCUAGACUAUAUAAACGACCUAUUCAACACCCCAUCUCAAAAAAAAAAAUCUGUUGUUUAAAAAAAUGGCUGAAUGGACUGAUCCACUUAUUCGUACCCUUAUUGACGAACGUAGAACCAGAAAUGAUGAGUUCCAUGACCUUGGAAGAAAUCGGGAAAGAUUCUGGGGUACUAUCGCAAGUAAGAUCAAUCAAGAGAAUGGGACAUCAUUCAGCGGUCACCAAUGUAAAGAAAAAUUCUCGAAUCUCGUCCGGGAUUAUAAUGUAAGUUAUCACUAUAUUUGAGAACUUUGUUGUUAGCUCUACUAACUAUCCUUCAUGUCCGGUUAGACUAUGUGUGAUUUUAUGUCUGGUAAAAGUAAAGCCAGAAGUCGAACAGGUGCACGAUAUUUUGAUGAAUUUCGUACUCACUUUUGGGAGAGAUCUGAGGAUGAAUUCGAUAGAAUCCGCAGAAUUAACACUUUUAACCAAAAACGAAGUAGAGGAAGUGGAUAUAUUACGCCCAUACCAUCAACUAGGGAUCUCGAACG